CAACUAACAGUCGCCCUUUCUCCCCUAACGCAGACUGUACCGGGGCGUGGCGCGGUCACUGCCGGGCGGAGCCGGGGCUGUCUGUGUCGGUGAACUCGACCACACAAAGGAGAGGAAACAAAACAAAGCCAGGAAGCCUGGCACUAACUCGGAAUUCACUGCUUCUACUCUAGAUUUGGCUUUUGCCUUUUGAAAAGCCUGUUUUCGAUACUUGGGACACCGCUACUGCUGGGAAAGAGGACAAUAGCACCUCUGGGUGAUUCGUCCUGAUGUACGGGGGCCGGCGCAGCGCGGCGGACUGUCCGGUGGGCGGUGUCUUCUCGGUGGAUGGGCUGCCGCCGCUGCCCAGAGGCCUGAGCGGCAUCCUGAACUCCAGCGGCGGGUCGUGGAGGGACAUCGAGAAGGUGCACAGCAAGAGAGCGCGAAUACAGGCCGACAUCAGCCGGGGGGGCGGGGACGCGCCGCGUGGUCACGGCAAACCGGGCGGUCUGGGCGCUGCUCUGGCUCUGCUGCGGAAAGAGAUGGUGGGUCUGCGUCAGCUCGACAUGUCUCUGCUUUGCCAGCUGUGGUCUCUCCAUGAGUCCAUCCAGGAGUACAAGGGCUCCUCGUUCCUGUCCGAGGCCUCGCUCAGUGCUGAUAAUGGUUCCUCUGAGGAGGAGGAGGAUGAAGAUCAGGGGGAGACAGGAGUCCUCUCCCAGCCUCUGUCCUCUUCGUCCUUGUCUCUGCCUCCACCCAACAGCAACUCCAGGGACCAGUGGAUCAAAGACUCUUUUCAUAUUCCCUGAUGAAGAUACACACACGCUCCAUGCGCUGUGGAGACCUUAACUGUUUUCUUGAACUCUAUGUCUAUUUCUAAACCUUUAGGCCCUAUUUACACUAUUUUUUUAUACCAUACAUCUCUUAUCCAGAUUGUUUUUCUGGCUGUGGGUAAAAAAAAAAUAUUUUUCAUACAGCAAAUUCAUAUCUCGGGGCAUACAGAGUGUUGAAAAACUGUUUAUUAGCUUCUAAUCUCACACUGCCUGUGUCCUUAUUUUCCAUUGGUUGAAUAUCUCAGCAGAAAUAACGCCAACUACAAGAGGGAAAACAAAUCAAGACAGACAAGUAAGAACAGAUGUUAACAUCUUUUUGCUCUUUUUUUUAAAUAAUCUUCAUGCUACUACAAGCUGCUUUCUUGUUAUUGAAUUAGAUUUAUGGGGAACACUUCUAUAAUCUUUGUAUAAUCAGGUAUGAUUCCUCUUUUGAUACAUCUAAUCCCUGUUUGUGGUUUCUUGAUAAUUCCAGACUUUCAAGACUCCUCGUUCUGUAAAUCGAGCAGGAUAAACUUUCCCAGAACAAAGUAUGCUGCCAUUUAGUGUCUUGACUAAAGAACAGGAAUCAGCUGUCAAUCAAUAAUCUGUGUUCUCUUUUGUUGUAUGAGCAUUUGACGCAGUAUAUACACUUCUUACCCAAAUUUAAGGAGCAAUUAUUUAGCAAAUGGAAGUUUUU